AUCCAUAGUUUUAAACGAUGAAGGAGGCUGUUAAUUGGGCGACACACAUUGAUCAGCAGCCUCCUGCCCAGGCUAGUUUUCGUAUUGUGUAGCGGCCUCAUUCACGAUCCUGACCAGGGAUGACACAUUUCAGUCUUUUGAUGGGUUUUUGAGUGUGAAAGGGACUCUGUUUCUGCCUCUCUCCUCUUUUCCCCCGUAGCCUCUCGAGAGUAUUUACAUACUCAUUUACCCUGGUAGGUGGGGUUAAGGUGGUGGAGAUCAGUUGAAUGUGGGAACAGAUUUCGUGGUUAAGACACUACUUCUUAGAAGUCCAAGAUUUCAUAUAGGAUCAGGUUGUGCUGUUGUACAGUAUUUCAGGUGCUUAAAUGUGUUCCGUUCAAGUAUCCCUAUUGAAGGUGGAUGUGGUAAAGAGUGUCAUCUACUGCAUUUAUAAUAAAGGAGGAUUAAGUAGACGAAGCUGUAAAAGUUGAUCACUCUUUUUUCAUUCUGUUUCCUCAGAAUUCGUGCUUGGGUUUCUUUUGGUCAGGCAACCCCUGUCUGGGAUAGUGAAAGACUUGUGUCAUAUGCGUUGAUCUGGGAUAUUUGCAAUUUUCUCUUCUGGAGCUUCCUAGCAUAGUCUCUCAUGCCUUUGUUUGGAGCCACUUUUAUUUUCAGUGGUGUAGUGUUUUUGAAACAUUCUUGCUCUGCUUUGUGUUUUGGACAAAAUGCCGUUUUGUACGUCUCACCACCCCCUUCUCUAACCCCAAUUCUGCUACUAAAUACCACCCCUCAACUUCUGUUUUCAGUGGCUCCUUGCUGGCUGCAGCUUAACCUGAUAUUUAAAAAGCCUUCCCCGGGCAGAUCUAGCCCUCAUCUACCUCUACAGCUUGUCUCCCACUACUUUUCUUUCGAACACUCUUUUGAAGCUUCCUGCCUGACAUAAUUCACUUCAAGAAGUGCACGAUGUCAGAACGUGGAAUUAAGUGGGCUUGUGAGUAUUGUACGUAUGAAAAUUGGCCAUCUGCAAUCAAGUGUACCAUGUGUCGUGCCCAAAGACCAAGUGGAACAAUUAUUACUGAAGAUCCAUUUAAAAGUGGUUCAAGUGAUGUGGGUAGAGACUGGGAUCCUUCUGUGACUGAAGGAGGAAGUAGCCCUUUGAUAUGUCCAGACUCCAGUGCAAGGCCAAGAGUCAAGUCUUCAUACACGGUGGACAACGCUAACAAGUGGUCGUGCCAUAUGUGCACGUAUUUGAACUGGCCAAGAGCGAUCAGGUGUACGCAGUGCUUGUCCCAGCGUAGGACCAGGAGUCCCACAGAAUCUCCUCAGUCCUCCGGAUCAGGCUCGAGGCCAGCCCCUUUUUCAGUUGAUCCUUGUGAGGAGUACAAUGAUAGAAAUAAACUGAACACAAGGACGCAGCAUUGGACUUGUUCUGUUUGUACGUACGAAAACUGGGCCAAGGCUAGAAAGUGUGUGGUUUGUGAUCAUCCCAGACCUAACAACAUCGAAGCUAUAGAACUGGCAGAGACAGAAGAGGCGUCUUCACUAAUCAAUGAACAAGACCGAGCUCGGUGGCGAGGAGGCUGUAGUGGGGGUAACGGUCAGAGAAGGUCUCCCCCCACACCGCAGCGGGACUCCGAGAUGAACAUGGAUUUUCAGAGAAUUGAAUUAGCUGGUGCUGUUGGCAGCAAAGAGGAGCUGGAAGUAGACUUCAAAAAACUAAAGCAAAUUAAAAACAGAAUGAAAAAGACUGAUUGGCUGUUCCUCAAUGCUUGUGUGGGAGUUGUAGAGGGUGAUUUAGCUGCUAUAGAAGCAUAUAAGUCAUCAGGUGGAGAUAUUGCACGGCAGCUUACUGCUGAUGAAGUUCGUUUGCUGAAUCGCCCAUCUGCCUUUGAUGUUGGGUACACUCUGGUACAUCUGGCAAUACGUUUUCAGAGGCAGGACAUGCUAGCAAUAUUGCUUACAGAGGUAUCUCAGCAAGCAGCAAAGUGCAUUCCAGCAAUGGUGUGUCCUGAGCUGACAGAACAAAUCCGACGUGAGAUUGCUGCCUCCCUCCAUCAACGAAAGGGGGACUUCGCUUGUUAUUUUCUGACCGAUCUUGUUACAUUCACAUUACCUGCAGAUAUUGAAGACUUGCCUCCCACAGUACAAGAAAAAUUAUUUGAUGAAGUGCUUGAUAGGGAUGUUCAGAAAGAGUUAGAAGAGGAAUCUCCGAUUAUAAACUGGUCCUUGGAAUUGGCGACUCGCUUGGACAGUAGACUCUAUGCACUUUGGAACCGGACUGCAGGGGACUGCUUGUUGGACUCAGUGCUACAGGCCACCUGGGGCAUCUAUGACAAGGACUCAGUGCUGCGCAAAGCCCUCCACGACAGCCUGCAUGACUGCUCACACUGGUUUUAUACACGUUGGAAAGAGUGGGAGUCGUGGUAUUCUCAGAGCUUUGGUUUACAUUUUUCCCUCAGAGAAGAACAGUGGCAGGAAGAUUGGGCAUUUAUACUCUCUCUUGCUAGUCAGCCUGGAGCAAGUUUGGAGCAGACACACAUUUUUGUACUUGCACAUAUUCUUAGACGACCAAUUAUAGUUUAUGGAGUCAAAUAUUAUAAGAGUUUCCGUGGAGAAACUUUAGGAUAUACCCGUUUUCAAGGUGUGUAUUUGCCUCUGCUCUGGGAACAGAGUUUCUGCUGGAAGAGUCCCAUCGCUCUGGGCUACACGCGGGGCCACUUCUCGGCCCUGGUUGCCAUGGAGAAUGAUGGCUAUGGUAAUCGAGGCGCUGGUGCUAACUUGAACACAGAUGACGAUGUGACCAUCACUUUUUUACCUUUGGUCGAUAGUGAAAGGAAACUAUUGCACAUACAUUUUCUCUCUGCUCAAGAGCUUGGCAAUGAGGAACAGCAGGAGAAGUUGCUCCGGGAAUGGCUGGACUGCUGUGUGACAGAGGGCGGCGUGCUUGUCGCCAUGCAGAAGAGCUCCCGCCGGCGCAAUCACCCCUUGGUCGCGCAGAUGGUGGAGAAGUGGCUUGACGGGUACCGCCAGAUCCGCCCUUGCACGUCGCUGUCGGACGGAGAAGAAGAUGAAGACGAGGAGGACGAGUGAGGCGGUUGGGGAGUGAGCUGUCCGUGCCACGGUUUGGUGGAUGCCUCAGAGUUGGGGUCAUGCUGCAAGCAGUCACUCCGGGAUGAACUAGCAGCUAGCAGACACCCGCUGUCCCAGGGAGUUUCUGAUCCGUACGCCAUGGAGAGAACACAAGUGCGCAUCUGCUGUGCGAACACAGAACUCUGGUUGGACUGGAGUUUGUAAAAAGCUAAUUUUAUUAUCAAGACAGAACAUUUUGUUUUUUUCCUUUCAAAUUGUAAAUCUGUCUAUAAAUGUACCGCAUGUGGUUGUGUAAAAAGUUGUGUAAUAGGAAAAGUUGUACCAGCAUCUUCAAAUUAUUGAGAAAUUUCUCUUCAGUAAGGGCACUUACAAAGCACAUAUUAGAUGGCUAUUUGUUCUUCCCUUUUAUGGUAGAAUUGCUGUUCUACAUCACUUUUUAAAUAUUCUGACGUAUUACGACCAUUUUGUGUUCUGUUCUGCUGGUACCACAGUCAGAUAAUAGGAGGAUUUUUAUUCACACAAAUUACCCACAGCAAAACAGAAAGAAGUUUAUUGGAUUAUUAUUAUUUUUUUAAGUUCCCGCUGUGCCCAGUGUAACAAACAUACAAUCUUAAGGAACACACUGUGGAAGAAAAGCCAGAUUUCUCAUGGACUGAACUUUAUAGAAUGUUCUUCCCUGAUUUUGAAGUCUCCAGCUUUCCAUUAAUUCGUUGUUUUUCAUUUUUCUGAAGGAUAUUUUUUUCUGUCUGUAGUACUUAUUUAUUUGUUUGGAAUAGUGACCUAAAAUGAGGGUUCUUAUUCCAGAUAUUUGGCCAAGCGCAGUCAUUGAGUUGGCUUAUCCCUGGACACUAGGCAGGCACUUGGGAAGUAGCCAGUCCAGUGAUGGCCUGUGGUUCAUCGUGUACCCAAUGAAUUGUGUUAAGUUUGCUGACUCAGACUUGAUUGAGAAUUUCAUGCCUCUCAGACUGUCACUGUAAAUGCACAGCAGAGCAUUUUUUUAAGCUGGCGUGAUUCUUACUGUCUUACCCAUUGGGGCUCUAAGGUAAAUCCUGUUGGAAAUGGGGCAUGCCUUCGUCUAGGCAGGUGGGGACACUGUUGGCAGUUCAGAAUAAAGAUUUUACAAAGAGUCAGAUGGCUGAAAUGCACUGUAUGAUGAAUUUCUCAGUAGAGACCUCUGGAAUGUUCUUGCAUGUUGAGUGAUGUGCCAUCCCUUUUAAGUUUUCUUUUAAGUAUAAGUUCAAAGUUUAUUCUUUAGUAGAAAACCCUUGUAAAUGGCUGACACUUUUAGCUGUACAAUCGGUAAUGGAUCAGGUUUUAUUCCCAAAUAAGCUGAAAAGGAGCUGUUAUGAGCACGUUGAAAAUUGGGUGGUAAUGUGGGUGACUAUAGACCUUUGAAAUUAGAAUUGGGAAAGAAGUCUCCUAGUAAAAUCCUCCUCCUUCCCCGACCUCUGUAGCUGAAGGCUGGGAACACCCUCAAGAAUUUGCUGCUUAGGUGUUGUUGAAAUGUGCACAACUUCUAGGUCCUGUCAACAAGACACCCAAAUCAGAAACACACUCAUGUUGUACUGGUUCAUGUCUGCAGCCCCCCACCCAUCCAUUGCACAAGUCACUGUUUUUUCCCAAUGAAACAUCGUGUUUGGUCACAUGUCUACUAAGUCUCUUUUGGUGCCUGCCAAAACCACAGGCAGAAGGCUCCUUUGCAGGACUCGUGUGGCUAACCCAAAUGAAAAAGACAUGGACAUGGGACAGAAUGUCCAGUCUUCCCUUUUUUUUACCCUGAAAUGGAAAGGAUCAGUUUUCUUACAAAGCAGUCGUAAUACUGUAACACGGACCAGUGAAUAGAUUUAAGAACAAACGCUUUCUCUUCUACAAUAAGCUAUGAGAAUCAGUAAUCAAAGAAAGCAUUUUCUUUUUUUCAAGGACUUCGGUAGACAUUUUUUUCCCUUGGUAGGAUCAGUGUUCCUCAUCUAAGAAAUAGCUGAUGUGACACUUACUGGUGUCAUCCCUCUGGAGGCAGACUUACAUCCCGGUGCUCUCUUUGCUGGAAGCAGAGACAACCUUCCAAAUUGGAGAUGCCAGAAAUAAAAAGUUUUGAGGAAAAAACUGUGUUAUCAAUGUAGUUAUGCACUCAAACCUACCAAGGAGAACUCGGUAAAGCUUGGCAGACUUUUCUGCUCGAGUCUGGUUGUCUGAUAUUUUAUUACAGAUUAAUGACCCUAAAAAUAUAGCCAGUGUUGUUAGUAUGACGUGUUGAGACAUUUCCCUAUGGGAAUAAUUGCUGGCUCUACUGUUCCAUGCUUGGCGCUUCUUAUGGGGCUUUUAGAUGGUUCCACAGUAGGCUGGUUUAUUUUGAAACAGAUCUUCAGUAAAUGAAAAUGAACCUUGUGGGCAAAUGAGAUUUAGGCUAACUAACUUAUUUCUGAUAACCACAAUUUCCAGGAUGAGCUUUUUAACUUUGUAAGAUGUGAGCGUCCUAAAGGGCCACUUUACAGAACCACCCAUGAUCGGCUUGUCUCCCCUUCAGAACCUUCCCCCCCCCCCCCCCCCCCCAAGCUUCUUUAAGACUAUGUGGGUCUUUGGCCACCAAACUUGGGCCUGUCCUUGCAGAGAGGAUUGGCCAGCUGUUCCCGGCUGCUUGGUAGCUGCAGUCAGUUGGGACUGCCAGGGAACAGUGAAUGAAUUUAAGGUGAGGGGCACCAUGCUGCUUACGGGAUUUAGCAGAGAGGAGACUGUUCUUGACGGCCCAAUUAGUCAUCACCCUGUGCCACUAAGCAGGAAGGGCUUCGUUCAGUGCGACUCUUCAGGCAGUUAUCUGUGCUUGAUAAUCCCAGUGUUACAGAUUUCCUUUUGAAAUAACCACCACAGUGGUAUAUGUUGUCAAAGACUUUGAAGUUGUGUCUCUGUAUUUGUAUUAGGGACGUUACAUUACAACCCCAGCUUUAGAGUGAGAUUAGACCACGAGGGUGACUUUACGUCGAUUUUGAGCUUUACACGUUGGCAAAAUGUUUUGGGGAGAAGCAUGUUUUCCAAACAAGUGUAUGUACUGAAGAAGGAAGCUACCAAGAUACUGAAGCCCCUGGCUAGGGAGCUGCUCCACAAACCAUUCAAUCAAUGCCAUGUUGCUUCCCUAAGAUAUUUAGAAAUCAGUUUUCCCGGAAGAAAAAAAGGCCACAAAGAGAUCUUAAAACAUUUUGAUAAUAAAUGGUGGAUGAUAAAGUA